AUGGCAUCCUCCAAUCACGAAACCCCGGCUCGUCUGAGCAACGACAGCAUCACCACUACCAGCGCCGUCGCACGCGACACACACCGAAGCACCUCGCCCUCUCCCGAACGCAAGUCCGAGACCUCGUCGCGGCCCGUCGGCUCGUCGUUCCUCUUCCCCUCGGGCGAGCGCGCAAAGUCGUGGCAGGACAGCUACCUCUUCGAGCUGCUCGGCGAGCGUGGCGCACAGAUGUACGAGACGUCGGAAAAGGGCCAGAAUGUGCAGGUCAGCGACAUUGAGGAGGUGACCAAGGUGCAGCAGGCGCAGCAGAACGCACACGACCACGGCGCCAUCCCCAAGACGCUCGGCUGGAAGGGCGCCUUCUUCAACCAGGUCGCCUACGCCAUCGCGCUCGGCAUCCUCAGCAUCCCGCUCGUCGCCGUCUCGCUCGGCGUGGUGCCGUUCGUGCUGCUCACCUUCCUCUUCGCCUACAUCUGCUGGUACACCGGCGACCAGUACUGGAAGCUCAAGAUGCGCUUCCCCGGCGUCCAGAACCUGCAGGACGCCGGCUUCCUCAUGUUCGGGCCCUGGGGUGCGCGCUUCCUCGGCGCCGCGCAGCUCAUCUUCUCCGUCUUCCUGCAGGGCAACCAUGUGCUGCUCGGCGCACAGGCGUUCCACGUGCUCGGCUGGCACUCGUGCGCCAUCGCGCUCGCCGCCGUCUUUGCCGUCAUCUCGUUCCUCUUCACGCUGCCGCGCUCGUACAAGCUCUUCUCCAUCUCGGCGUUUGUCUCGUUCAGCUCCAUCGUCGUCGUCGUCAUCUUUGCCAUGAUCGCCAGCGGCGUGACGGGCCCGCAGAACGCUCCCGAGGGUGCACCGCCCAUCAAGGUGGUCGCCUUCGGUCCGGCACCGGGCAUCAAGGUCGACUUCCUCACCGGAUUCCUCUACGUGCUCAACCUCUUUGUCAGCUUCGGUGCGAUCCCGAGCUACCUGCCCAUCAUCUCGGAGAUGCGCAAGCCCACCGACUUCCGCAAGAGUCUGUUUGUGCUCGUGGGCGUCCAGCUGGUGCUCUACCUCAUCGUGGGCGGUGUGAUCUACAACAACCUCGGCCAGUACACCACGUCGCCCAGUCUCAACAGCCUCUCGUACACCAUGAGCCGCAUCGCGUACGGCCUGGCGCUGCCCACCAUCCUCAUCGCCGGCUGCGAGAGCGGACAGGUGGCCAACAAGCAUCUGUACAUCAUCGUCUUCCGCUCGCGCCCGCAGCACAUCCACAACUCGACCAAGCUCGGCUGGAUCGUGUGGACGCUCAUCAACGCGCUCACCUGGGUGCUCGCCUUCAUCCUCGCCGAGCUCAUCCCGUUCUUCUCGUCGUUCCUCGGCCUCGAGGCGGCGCUCUUCUGGUCGCUCUUCACGGGCCUCAGCGCCGUCAUGUGGCUCUACCUCAACCAGGGCCGCUGGGUGGAGUCGUGGCGCAAGAUCGUCGGCCUCGUCGUCGCCGUGCUCGUGAUUGCCAUCUCGGCCGUCAUCUGCGUGGCGGGUGUCUGGGCGAGUGCGAUCUCGAUCCGCGACUCGUACAACACCGGCUCGGUUGGAAGCCCAUUCUCAUGCAACUCGGUCUCCUAG